ACGUACGUUAUAUGCCUGUGUUUACACUAAAAAAUUAAUAUUAAAUGAUUUUAAUUUAAAUAUGAGUAUAUUAAUUAAUAAUAAUAAUUAGAAUUACGAUCACACCCAUUAAAUAAUUUUUGUGUAUCUUUUAUUCCCCAAUCAAUUUUCACCGUCCAUUAUGUUCAAAUCAAGCAUAUAACUUUUUCAUAUUUAAACUCUAGUACCUUAUCUUUCCAAAUCACAAUUUCAAAGGCCUAUAGUGUUUAGAAUUACAAAUUCCCUCAACUCAUUUAAGGACUCUUCUUGUCUCCCUUCUCCGUCAAUGGGAAGCAAGUAAGGUGCAAGAUGUGCUAAAGAAAAAGGAGGUAAAGAAGGAUAUGAAGAAGGAUGGGGGAAGCCCCCAACUUCGAAAUGAUUAUUCUGUUCUGGAGUGUAAGGGGGUUUAAUAAAACCUCCAAACAGAGGGACUUGAUGCAAGUCCUACGUAGGCAUAAAGUAGAUGUAGUUGCAGUUCUUGAGACCAGGAUUCAGGCUAAUAAAGUUGAGGAGGCAGUAGAGGAGGUUUUCGCAGGUGAGGAGAAAUGUCUCAAUUGUUUUGAUUCAAAAUUGGGGCGGGUCUGGUUGUUUUGGGACUCUGCCAUUAAGCUUCACGUUCUCAAACCAAAAAAGAACUUUAUUCAUUGCUUGGUUGAGGACAUUAACAAGGAUACCUUCUUUCUAACAGCUGUUUAUGCUUCUAAUGAUGAGGCUGAGCGGCUACAUACUUACAGGGAGAUUGCAUAGUUGAAGGUUGUUGGAAAUCCUUGGAUUGUUAGUGGUGACUUUAAUACGGUUCGAACUCCUCAUGAGACGUCUAAUCAGCGAUCAUUUACUUCAAGCAUGGAAGGUUUUAAUCAAUGGAUUGAGGAGAUGGAGUAGGUAGAUUAUAGAACAACGGGGCCUCAAUUCACAUGGACUAAUCGGUAGGCUUAUCAUCCUAUUGCUAGGCGGCUUGACAGAAGUCUGGUUAAUUUGGAUUGGAUCGAGCAUUAUAAAGAUUGUGCUAUGGAGGCUCUCCCUGCACAAUUCUCAGACCACUGUGGGGUGCAGGUUUGUAUGGUAGCCCCUAUAAAGUCUCUGCACAAACCCUUUAAAUAUUUUGAGUUUUGGGCAGAGCACCCACUUUUUAUGGAUAUAGUUGAGGAGGCUUGGCGUAUCGAGGUUUCAGGGACGCCCUUGCAAGUUAUUCACAGUAAAAUGGGUAGGGUAAAGCAGGCUUUAAAGAAAUUUAACAAAGAAGUCUAUGGUAACCUGCAAGAUCAAGUUAAAGAGGUUGAGGGUGAGUUGAUGAGAGUCCAAACCAAAGCUUUCUCAGAUCCUACUACAGAACACUUUGAAGCUGUUACACUUGCAAAGGAUCAUUAUGAUCAUGUAUCUUCGGCUUAUGAAAGUUUUUGCUGGCAGAAAUCCAGGGUGUCUUGGUUAACAGUUGGGGAUCAAAGUUCAAACUUCUUUCAUCAGGUUGUUAAAAUUCGCAAAUCCAAGCGAGCUAUUAGGAAAUUGGUCAAAGACUCAGGGGAGGAAAUAUUUCAAUCUUACCAGAUUGUUGAGGAAAUUCUGGACUUCUAUAAGAAACUACUCGAAGAGGCUAACUUGGAGAUUAAUCCUAGUAAGGAGGAGGUGGAGCAGCUUGUUCGUCUCCAUAUACCUGGGCCUGAGUGUGACAUCCGUGUUAAAGAAGUAACUGCAAAAGAGAUAAGGAGUGUGGUUUUUAGCAUGAAUUCCCAAAAAGCUCCAGGUCCGGAUGAUUUUCUGCUGGAUUCUACAAAUAGACCAGGCCAAUCAUUAGGGAUGAUAUAAUCAGAGGGAUCCUAUUCUUCUUUCAGACAGGUACUCUUCCUAGUGGAGUAAAUGCCACUGUUGUAUCUUUAAUUCCCAAAGUUUCUAAUGUUGAUACCUUAAAGAAUUUUAGGCCUAUUUCAUGUGUGAAUCUUCUCUAUAAGAUAGUGGCUAAGAUUCUUGCAAGGCGCAUUAGUGAAGUUAUGCCUCUGAUCAUUAGUAAUACUCAGUCGGCCUUUGUUAAAGGAAGAAGCAUAAUGGAUAAUAUUUUACUGGCUCAGGAUUUGGUAGUGGGUAUAAUAGAAUCUAUAUGUCUUCUUGAUGCGCAAUAAAAAUAGAUAUCAUGAAGGCAUUUGAUUUUUUUAGUUGGCAGUGCUUGUUUCUUAUGAUGCAUGCCAUGUGAUUCCCUGAGAGGUUUAUGAAGUGGAUUAAGGCUUGUCUUCAAAUCGCCCAUUAUAGUUUCAAUAUCAAUGGCAGUUUAUGUGGGUUCUUUAGAGCUAGGAAAGGAGUCGGGCAAGGUGAUCCAUUAUCACUGUACUUGUUUACCAUUGCUAUGGAAGGUCUAUCGACCAUGUUGAUGAAUGCAAGUCAAUAUGGAGUGAUUCCUUUCCACCCUCAGUGCCAGAGAAUCUCUUUAAACCACAUGGGCUUUGCUGAUGACAUCCUGGUGUUUACUACUGGCUCAGCACAAGCGAUCCUUCAGGUUAAAGAAAUUCUGCACAAGUUCCACCAGCUGUCUGGGCUUAAAAGCAAUCCUUCUAAGUGUGAAAUUUAUUUUGGAGGAGAAGCCAUUAAGUACAAAAGUAAUGCUCUGUUGCUCUCUGGUUUUAAGGACGGUGAGUUACCUGUCAGAUAUUUGGGGUUGCCUUUAAUGUCUGGUAAACUAUCUUCCACAGAGAUUGACAUUCUAGUAGACAAGGUUACUAAGCGGAUUAAAUCAUGGAGAGCCCAGAAACUAACCUAUGCUAGAAGGCUACAGCUAAUCAACUCAGUGUUACUUGGAGUGGUGCAAUACUGGAUGCAGCUCUUUGUGCUUCCCAAGAAGGCAUUGAAGCGGAUUCAGCAGGUAUGCUCUCAAUUUCUUUGGCAUGGGAAUGAUGUUGGAAGAGCUAAGGUGGCAUGGGACUUUGUGGCUUUACCUAGAAAGGAGGGUGGAGUUGGGGUUAAAGACCUGUUGGCAUGGAAUCAGGCUUGUUCCAUACGCAUGCUCUGGCUGUUUCUUAUGAAGGCAUGAGCUCUGUGGGUUGCAUGGAUGUAUGAGUAAAAGUUUGGGAAGGGGGGCCUCUGGUCAUUUAAAGUACAGUAUAGUAGUUCAUGGACUUGGAGAAGACUUCUUAAACUGCGUGGCAUCAUUCUCCCAUGGAUACAACAUCAACAAGGCAUCUUAUAUUGGGAUUCACAUGAGAUGCAGAUUUAUUCAGUUAGGAGAGUGUAGGAAACGUUGCGUAGGAAAGCUCCAACUGUCUCAUGGCAUAAACUUAUUUGGAGUAAAUACUGUCCCCCGAGAUAUAGUUUGAUCUCUUGGCUGUUAAUGAGGAAUGCCAUUACCACCAGAGACAAACUGUUGCAGUGUGGGAAAAUCAGAGAUGUUAUCUGUCCGCUUUGUGGUGUGGAUGUUGAAAGUCGAGAGCAUUUAUUUCUCCGUUGCAACUACUUCCAGAGACUAUCUACGCUGAUGCACUUCCCCCUUCUGUGUUCUCAAGGUUGGGACGCAAUGGUGCAGAAGAUUAUUGCUGACAUGCGCAGGGACUCUCAUUCUGGCUAGUGUCAUGCUCUCAUCUGGUGUCUCACAGUGUCCUUUAUCUGGAAGGAAAGAUGCAGAGUGAUUCAUGGUUCCCCCUGUCGUGAUCCUGAGUCUAUUGCUGAUCUUAUUAGGGCGGAUCUAAUGUUCAUAUCUUGUGGAAAUAGAGGAGUUCGAGAUGC